AUGUUCUGCUGUGGGGUGACGUGGAGGUCGAUUUCCGCUCGAUUUCCGCCGUCCUGGAACCGAUUGUCCCACAUUUUUGGGGCGGGGUGAUUUUUUCUGAAAGGGUUGUCAAAAGAAUUGGGUGACAAACAAAUGCAGAUGUGCGUUGGAAAGCUCUUGCCAGUAGCUUUCGAAUGAGCCGUUCAAAGGCGGUGGGUUUGCUCUGGAUCAAGAGUUAUGGACCUAUUACCAUCGCCAGCGAAGGUACUUUACUCCACUGAAUCCUCCAUAUCUCGACAACUACGGCGAACCCACCGAAAAAAGUUGCAUUCUAUUUUAUGGCGUUGGUUCCAUUUCCGAACCUUGUUGACAACAUGCCGCAAAAAAUCAGAAACAAGAUUUUUCAAAAAAUUGCCCACAUCAGCCCCAACGGCUGGAAACAAAACAAGCUAGCGGUGCACGCACUGCACGCCCAUGACCUCCAUGCUUCGCCCUGAGGCCCAUGCGGCCAUCAGGGAAGCCCUGACUAGGCGUGGUUCUACGUUGACCGGUAAUGAUUGCUUCUGUCGGUUUCGGUUUGUCCACGAAGUUUGUUGUCCGUGUUUUUUUUCGACCGGCUGCGUUUCCCUCCCGGUCGAUGAGAUCGGUAGUAUUGGGCGUGAUGUACUGUAUGUAGAAGACUAGUUUUUGGCAAAUGUAGAAAGUAGUGCGAGGGAGUGUCGUCGAGUGUAAAUACAGGGUUUUCCCA